AUGAAUGUUCUCAUUGUUGGAAGUGGUGGAAGAGAACAUGCGUUAGCUUGGAAACUUCAACAAUCUCCUCAAGUGAAAAAUGUGAUUGUUGCUCCAGGAAAUGGAGCGAGUGGGAAAAUUGAUUUAAAUCCUAACAACGUAGAGGAAGUCUCGCUGUUUUGCGGAACAAACGACAUACACUGUGUGUUGAUCGGCCCCGAAGAACCACUGUCAAAUGGGUUAGCCGACCAUCUGAUCAAAACUCACCCGAAUAUGAUUGUGUUUGGUCCUACAAAAGAUGGCGCACAACUUGAGACAUCCAAAUCAUUUUCAAAGCAGUUCAUGAAAGAAUAUGGUUUGCCUACGGCGGAUUUUGUGACUGUGUCCGUCGAGAAUGUCAAGAGCCUUGACAGUGUCUUUGAGAGAAUUCCUUGGAAGAACACAGUUGUGAAGGCAGACGGAUUGGCUGCAGGAAAGGGUGUCAUCAUUCCAAAGGACAAUGAGGAGGCAAAACUUGCAGCACGCUCUAUUCUUGAAGGAGAAUUCGGGAGUGCAGGCCGUACUAUAAUCCUUGAGGAACGUUUGGAAGGUUAUGAGGUCUCCUCUCUUGCAUUCGUAGAUGGUAUCAGUUAUAAAAGAAUGCCACUUGGAAAAGAUUACAAACGUCUCCUAGAAUCCGAUUUGGGACCGAAUACAGGUUUUUAA